GAAGGCCUACUCUUAUCCAAGAAAUCAGCUCAGACAGCCUCUUGGGGUAUCCCCCUCUGGGCUUCUACUGGGGGCUCCCAGGAGGGAACGGUCCGCAGUGGACUGGCUUUGCCUGGGUCCUGCCCAGCAGAGAUCAUGUAUCGCCUCCUGGGGCUGUAGCCCGUCCUCAAAGGGCCCAGACCUCACAAUACCGCCCUGUGGUUGCCACAGGACACCAUGGGCUUGGUGCUGUGCCCCCAUGUGGUAAGGAAGGACUCUUAACUAGGCUUUCAGAUAUGCAGCUGCUGUGCGCCACAAGAGUGUGUCAAGUGAAAGCAGUUACCUGUGCACUGCUAACCUGGAGAUGGGAGGCAACAGAUCCUCAGAUGCUGGCAAGCUCUGAGAAAGCACAAUUAAAGUGCCAUCAGAUAUUUUAUUUUGUUUUAUGAAGGCAGCCUGGGCCAAGCUUGCUUUUUUCAAAUAGCCUGUAAUUUUGCUCAAGCUAGCCAACUUCUUCCAAAGUCAAUUGGGGGGGGGGGGUUGCUACUUUCUCCAAACAGAACUCCUUGAAUCACUGUACCUCUAUACCUCCUUCUGCUACUGGCAAUGUAUAGAACCUUGACCUCUACGAGCUUUUAAUUAGAAUAUCCUGUCCACAGAGGGACAAAUACCAGUUGGUCUCUGUGCCGGGUAGUUUGCUGUAAAGAGGUGCUUUCCAGGGCCACUGGGAUGGUGGGACUGGGCCCUACUUGCAGACCACGAUUUAGUCUUCCUGCCUGCAAAGCCCAUACUCCACAAAGGACCCCCCCCCCCGCCCCGCCACCAUUGCUCUGAGACCCACAAAACUCGCGCUCUACUAGGGAUCUGCAAGAUCACGUUCUGGGAGGGACUAGCUUCACUAUGAAACUGGGCAAUGGUAGCCGUAACCUUGGAAGUUGUAGUAAAAUCCUACUCUACGCUCCAGCCGCCAGGCGCAACGGGUACAAAGAACCACGCCGGCUCGGGCAGACCUACCAGGGCUUGGGGGAGGGGAGCACAAGACCAAGAUUUCUAUCAUCUGUCCCGUAGAAAACGAUCCCCAAAACACAUUCCGAACACUGCUUGGUAGAGCGUAAGCCUUUCAUGCACACAAAGGGCGCCAAUCCGUCCUGCAUCCCUCCGUCCUGCAUCCCUCCCGGAGUGCUUUGGCGCACGGGUCCAGCUCCAAAUCGCAGCCACUAGCGCCCGCGCGCGCGCGCGGCAGCUCCCAAUUUCCUAACUACGAUAAGAAGCAGGACGCGAAAAAUCAGGGAAGAGGAACGCGAUCAGGGACCCUCACAAAGCAGAUGGCAUGGGCGUAAAACUCACUGGUUAUUAGCAGUGCUGAGCAGGGACCCGUGGCAAGGCUCCUGAAAGGAGUACUUUUUGCUCUGCGGGUUAGAUAGACCUCCCUAACUUCGGGUUUCCAUCCUGGUGUAGGUCCGUUUUGGCGUGGCACCGACGCGGGGCUCCAAUUUGCAGACCAAGGUGUGCCUCACCAAGAGGCUUACACCCCUACCCUCACUCUAAACUCUAAGAGUUGUGAUUCCCCUUCAUUUUACACCAAAUUUCAAUUGUGGGCAUGGCGGAAUCUUCUGGAAGGGGGCUACAAUGGGACUCAGGAGGUGGGGGUCGGUGCGGAAAGAGCAGAUGGAUUUUUUUCUUUCCUGGCGAAUGAGAAGCGCCCCCCGCCACCCCCCUCAUUAACACCCCCCAAGCACGCAUGCGCACUCAGGUGGCCUGAGGGUACUUAAGGCACAGCCACCCCGGUUGCGGCAGUGCGCCCAACAGCGGACUCAGAGACCAGUGGACCUCAGCGAACCCUCGCUCUCAACCACUCACUCUCGGAACCAUGGCGGCAGUGGCAGCAGCCUCGGCGGAACUGCUCAUCAUCGGCUGGUACAUCUUUCGCGUGCUGCUGCAGACCCUGUCCCCAAGGCGCCCGCGCCAGGCCGGGAACAAAGACUCAGGGGUGCGGCGGUCGCCCGCUGCGGACGAUCCCGACCAACGCGGUGUUCAGGUACUCCCUGCAGAAGCUGGCGUACACGGUGUCCCAGACCGGGCGGCAGGUGCUGGGGGAGCGCAGGCAGCGAGCCCCCAACUGAGGGCCGAGCUCCCAGCCCUGGGCGGCCGUGUCAUCAGAUGCUCCUGUGCAUCUCGGCCAGCACAGGAGCCAGUGCCGCGCAGGAAUGGGGGGUCCCCUGUGCUCCCUCGUCAGAGGAGCACUUGCCAAGGUCAGUGAGGGGCCAGUAGGCCCCCGGAGAAGCAGCACCGACAAUGAUGAAGACACAGAUCCCUUCCCAACCCCCUCUGCACCGGUCCCACUGCCGGCGGGUGGGAGAGGAGGGGGAAGAGGGGAGCAAAUCCUCGAGAUCUGGGUGUAGGCACCGCAUUCUGAUCUAGUCCAAGUUGAACAGCACCACCGCAGCCUGCAAGUCACAGCCAAGCCAGGAGGCCACACCAGAGAUGGAAACAUCCCACCGGUCAGCAGAAUGGACAUUCUGACACCACCAGCUGAAGCCCUUAAUCUCGGAGCAGCAGAGAAGAGUCAACUGCGUGCUGCGGCAGGACAGGAGGGCAGGACAGGAGGGCGUGAGGGAGGAAGAGGGUUAAGAAGUUCAGCAGGGCCCUCUCGCACUGUCCCUUGCCCACUGCACGCGCAUUUCUGCCUUGCUCCCUCAUUCCCCCUUUCCCCUGCCUUCCAAGCCCCUUUCCCCAAAAUGUGUCAUUUGAUUUGGACCUUCUCAAACAGUAAAGGAACCCCACAUUUACCAAAAACGCCUUCUCCGACCCCUGGGGCCCUCAUUGAUCUUGCUCUCCCUGAUCUCAUGCAGCAGCAGUUGUGCUCAAUAUUGUGGUAAUUGCUAACUGUACUGAUUGUUUGUGUGCAUUAGUUGUGUUCCCCCAGCUAGAUUGUAAGCUCCUGGAGAUCAGGGACUCCCUCCUCAAAAAAUAAAAAAGGUACCUCCUCUGUCUCUCAGUGUCCUAGGGCUCUGCAGGGCAGUGGAGGCGCACCAAAGA